AUGUUUUCUUCUAAUAACUACGAGAGUAGCCAGUCUUGCUGGAACGACAAGCUCCAAAGGUUAGAGACAUGGUUGAGCGGGUCUCGAGACUUUAGAGUUAGUGAAAACGUUGUUUUACAAGACUUUCCUGAAUCAGGAAGAGGUUUAUAUCAGAAAAGUGGGAAAACUACCAAGAACGAUGUUGUCGUGACAAUACCGAGUGACUACCAGCUCAAUUUCCAUACUGUAGUUUACCAUAUGUCUCAAUUCAAUCCAAAUCUGGAUUUCGAAGGCAUAACUUGUGAGCAGCCUAACAUAGAGAAGAUAUACACAACGGAUCCACGUUUCAAAAUGUACGGAAUUUUGAGCAAGGAAGAGGUGUUGGAACUGAGCUCCUUCCAGCUGCUGUGUCUGUAUAUUAUACUUGAAUGGAAACUGUUAUCGCUCUGCUGUACGACAGAAUCCUUCUGGAAACCUUUUUUUGACGUUUUCCCCUCUGCAGAUGAGCUCAAGUCGAUCCCGGCUCUGUGGGAACUCAGCAACGACGUUACUAACAAGCAAUUGUUCAAUUGUCUACCUUUUGCAUCCAAGUCUCAUGCUGAAAGAAUCGUCGCUCUGGUGCGAAAUGAUUGGACAGUGAUAAAACCUAUCAUUGAGAAAUGGUGCGACAUGAUUGACACAGGCAAUGGCCUGAAUGUUACGCCGCAAGAUUUUUACUCAGAUUUCUUGCACAUAUACUUUGUGAUCAAUUCGCGGUGUUUGUACAUACAAAUUCCUUUGAAAGACAACAUCGCUGAUAAUUUUACACUAGUUCCGUAUGUGGAUUUUCUGAACCAUGAUGCCGAUUCGGAACGCUAUUGCACACCAAAAGUGAACAAGCUCAAGCGGGGAAAAUGCGGGCUUGGCACCUUUAGCAUAGUUGGUGGAACUCAUGAGUAUAAACAGGAUGGGGAGCAAAUACUCUUGAGCUACGGGGCGCACUCCAAUGAUUUUUUGCUCAAUGAGUAUGGUUUCGUUCUGCCAACCAACAAAUGGAAUUACGUCGAUGUUUCUCCACACUGUGAGUCUUUGAUAAAUGACACAAUGGUCCAGGAUUUCCUCAAAGCGAAUGAUUUCUGGGGUGACUAUACCAUCUCAGAAGGCGAUAUUAGCUUUCGGCUUUUGGUCGCGUUCGCUGCAAAAGUGUGUCCAGAUUUCAAAAAGGUGGAGAAAUUCAUGCUGGGAUAUUUGACAGAAGGUUCAUUUGACCCUGACAUGAAGACUUUGACGCAACACUUUUUACACGUUUUGGAUGAAGAAUUCAAGAGUCAGAUUUCAAACGUCCAGGCCUUGACCGAUGCUGAUCCAAUGUGUGCAAACAAUGUUCUUAUUAUUUAUCAGGGCUAUGAAAGAAUUCUUCGAAGCCUUAUAUGA